ACGCUUCUCUUUAUCAAGUAUCGCGGGAGCCGUCUCCCAAAUCACUACGUAAUGUGCCGUGCUGCUUCUAGCGGCGCUGGUGACAGUGCUAAAAGCUGUUGGGUAUGAAGUGAAGCCGAACUGAAUUUUUGUACCAUCYGCAACUGCUUCAAGUUCAGAUCACAACAAAGGAACUGAAGACAAACCUCCCCACAAAAUUUGCAACUCCGAAGACAAGCGGGAGGUGGAAAAAGGAUCACUUCGAGGAUUUAAAAAAAAAUCACGUGGAACCAAAUCCUGAAACGACCAAAGAACAACGCACAUCUGCCCAACUGAAACAAGAGAGAAGAGAAGCAAUCCCACGCCCCAAGCUUACUCUGAGAAGAAAACUGAUCUGAAACCAGAAGUUUGUGCCUACUCAACAGCUUUGACAAAGCACACGUCCCAACGCUGCUCCUAGCCCUCCUCAUCCUUACUACGCUGCCGACUCACCACCAGGGUGUAGAGUGGGCUGCUAUCUGCUAGAUCCCUUCCGUUGUUACCCCCAUCUUCCCCCCUACUUCUCCUCCUCCCCUCUGUUUUCUUUGUAAUUUUUCUAAGCGGUGUUAUCGCACCUGCAAUUGCCUUCUUGUGUGCUAGAUUUCUCCCAAUUUCCUUUUUUUUUCUACUUUAUGCAACCAUCUAGAACUUGUGCAGGAAACGUGUUAGUGUGUGUGUGUGUUUAAACUUUGUGUACGUGUGUGUGAGAAGAGGUCUGCAAAGUCAUCAAGAUCCAGAGAUUUAAAAGAUAAAGUUGACCAGUUAAGCCUGUCCCAGCCAUGUCAAAAAUGGAAAGGGGCUCGUCUGAACCCCCAGUUGAUCGCAGCACUGGCUCAGCCCCAAAUACCUCUACCGGCCCCGUUCCCAUACCCCGUUCCUCCUCUGUCUCUUGCCACCCUCAUCCAGGAAGUAAAAAAUACAAGCGGAGCCCAUUGUAUCAGAGAUCAAUGAGUUUCGACCCAGGCAUGCUCCAUAACAAUGGCCACACCGCAUUUGCAAACGGCUCGGGGCCCGGCAUUAGAGAGACUGGGGUGGUGGAGAAGCUUUUGGCUUCAUACGGGUUCAUCCAGUGCUCCGAACGUCAGGCUCGUCUCUUCUUCCAUUGCUCCCAGUACAACGGAAACCUUCAAGAACUUAAAAUCGGAGAUGAUGUAGAGUUUGAGGUAUCCUCUGACAGGCGCACUGGCAAGCCCAUAGCAGUGAAGCUGCUUAAGAUAAAGCCAGAAGUGCUGCCAGAGGAGCGCAUCUCGGGCCAGGUCGUUUCAUCAAUCCCAAUGCAUCUAGAUGGGAAGUCCGCUCCGGGUCAGGUGCCCACUGGCAGUGUUUGUUAUGAAAGAAAUGGGGAAGUGUUUUAUCUCACAUACACUCCUGAUGACGUGGAGGGUAGUGSUCAUCUGGAGACGGGUGACAAAGUCAGCUUUUACAUGGACACCAACAAGCAUACCGGUGCGGUGAGCGCCCGCAACAUUCAGCUGGUGAAGAAGAAGCAGGCGAGGUGCCAGGGUGUGGUGUGUGCUACGAAGGAAGCCUUUGGUUUUAUUGAGAGGGCAGACGUGGUGAAGGAGAUCUUUUUUCACUACAGCGAGUUCAAGGGUGAUCUGGAGGCUCUUCAGGCUGGAGACGAUGUUGAGUUCACCAUCAAAGACAGAAAUGGCAAGGAAGUGGCUACCGAUGUGAGGCUGCUCCCCCAGGGAACGGUCAUCUUUGAGGACAUCAGCAUCGAGCAAUUUGAAGGCACCGUGGUCAACGUUAUUCCCAAAGUUCCCACAAAAAACCAGAACGACCCUCUGCCCGGUCGGAUCAGUGCGAAGAUCGGUUUCACGGAUAAGGAGCUGCCUUUCGGAGAGAAGGACACGAAAUCUAAAGUGACUCUGUUGGAGGGAGACCACAUCCAAUACAACAUCUCCACAGAUCGCAGAGAUAAACUGGAGAGGGCCACCAACAUCGAGAUCCUCCCGGACACUUUCAACUUCACCAAGGAGACCCGUGAAAUGGGCGUGAUUGCGGCUAUACGCGACGGCUUUGGGUUCAUAAAGUGCGUGGACCGGGACGCACGGAUGUUCUUCCACUUCAGCGAGGUCCUGGAGGAGAGUCAGCUUCAUAUCUCAGAUGAAGUGGAGUUCACUGUUGUGCCUGACAUGCUGUCGGCUCAGAGAAACCACGCCGUGCGCAUCAAGAAACUCCCUAAAGGAACCGUGUCCUUCCACACCCAGUCCGAGCAGCGCUUCGUCGGCGUGGUGGAGAAGGAGCUCGUCGGAGCCUCAAACAAGAAUGCGAGUCCGAUGAAGGGCAAGGAGAAGGAAACUGAGGAAGGAGUGCUUGCAUAUGAAGACUGUGGAGAGAAGCUCACUAUACCUUAUCAUGCCAAGGAUCUGGAAGGAGGAUCGUACCCUCAGGUUGGAGACAAGGUGGAGUUCUCAAUUAAUGAAGUGAAGCGAACUGGCCAGCAGAGCGCAGUGGGCAUCAGGAUCCUCAACCGCACCCCAAACUCCAACUCUAAGAGGGUGCACGGGUUUGUCGCUGCCCUCAAAGACAACUUUGGCUUCAUCGAAACGGCAAAUCAUGACCAAGAAGUCUUCUUUCAUUACAGUGAAAUGUGUGGAGACGUGGAUAACUUGGACCUGGGYGACACGGUGGAGUACACUCUUUCUAAAGGAAAAGGAAACAAAGUCAGUGCAGAAAAGGUUACCAAGAUGGCSGCGGAUAYGAGAGUGAACGGUGCUGGUGAGGAUGUUGGUACAACAGUGAUGGCAGGGAAAGUCAUUCGUCCCAUACGCAGCGUGGACCCCUCACAGACAGAAUACCAAGGGCUUAUUGAAGUCAUCGAGGAAGGUGGAGCAAAAGGGCCCACUUAUCCCUUUGGAAUCAUGGGGAUGACCAACAAGGCAGAUUGUCUUCAGAAAGGAGAGCAUGUAAAGUUCCAGGUUUGCACCGUCACCCAAACUGCUCAGAAGAUGGCCUGCAACGUCAUCCCUCAGCGCAGAGCCCCGGUGGAGUGCGUUAAAGAUCAGUUUGGUUUCAUUACAUACGAAGUGGGUGAGAGCAAAAAGCUGUUCUUCCACGUAAAAGAAGUGCAGGAUGGCAUAGAGCUCCAGACGGGAGACGAAGUGGAGUUCUCCGUCGUCUUUAAUCAACGCACGGGAAAAUGUAGUGCUUGUAACGUGCGCAGAGUCAGCGAGGGUCCUAAACCAGUGGCAACACCGCGUCCUGACCGCCUGGUGAACCGACUGAAGAGCAUCACUCUGGACGACUCCAGUGCUCCUCGCCUGGUCAUCGUCAGACAGCCCCGUGGUCCCGACAACUCAAAGGGCUUCAGUGUGGAACGCAAGACCCGUCAGCCAGGUGUUAUCGACUGAGCAAUACAGAACCUGCCCCGCUAGACGCCAUCGAUAAGGGAACUCCGAUCUGAAACACGCUUGUGAAUCAACUCAUAUACAAAACAUACGUACGCAUGCAAGUAAUUGGCAUGUGUAAUUUCUGCUCAUUGUUAUCAGUAAGGGAACUACUUCUUUUUUUUUUUUCCUUCUUUUUUAUUAUUUUGUAUUCCACAGUUCCCUGCCUUCCAUGUAUGUUCUUGAUGGUUUCAUUCUGCAGUAAACAUGGGAGUGUGAGUGCGUGACGUGUCCUAGAAGUGAUUAGUGUGUAUCGGAGGUGUUUAUUUUCUAAGGAGCCCCUCUACGUCUGCUUGGCUGUUCGCGUCCCGAUCCGCUUCGUCUGGAAUUCUGCACCUGUAAACUGUUCGUUUAGCGUGAGUAAAUGAGCGUUGAUUGCUGGCAUGUCUUUUUUUUUUUUCUCUCGUUUCUCCUGAUGCCCCCAGCGUCAUCAUUUUGUUAUCAAAGUUUCCUCUGCUGUAUGCUUUUCCUCCAAAACGCGUAAAGCGACGUUCCCUCCAUAAGGAGGAUCGUCAUAUUUCUCACAUGUGCGAGCUUUUUGGGGAAUUAUUUUCUCUGCUCGGUUUUUUGAGCAGUUUUAAAAACGCUUUACUGAAACGCUGAUGAGAAAGCAUGGCGUGCGUGAGACGUUUGUGGACGUAGUUUUCUCUGACAGGAUUUACCUUUACCAGUAUAGAGCCUUGAGGUACCUUUUUGGUAUUCACAUGCUCCACCCUUUUUUUUUUUUUUUCACCCCCAGGUGCAGAAUUCCUUGUGGCAUCUUAUCUCUGAAAAAUUGUUUUUCUUUUGCGUUUAUUUUUUUCCUUGCACACACGUUUGCUUUUUUUUUCUAUGAAAACUUGAUCUGCUAAUAUUAAAUAAGUAAGAAUAAGGUGCCUAAAAAAACUACAAACAAAAUUAAAUAAAAGCAAAAAAAAAAGAAAAAAAUAAACAAAAAAAUGAUAUAUACUGUUUUCAGCCAACCAUAAAAUUAUUGAAAACAAUCUUAGGGUGGCUUUUUGUUUUUUUUUCCCUCCUUGUAGAAAUAAUACAGAUAUGCAUCUCGAACCUGUGGGUUGAACUAUACUAUAUGUAAUGUUUGCUCUUUUUUUAAUUUUAAUUUUUUCUUUCUGGGUGGAACAUCAUACUUCAUGUAAUAAAAUAAAUAAAAGAAAAUAAGGAAAAGGACGAAAACUUUCUGAGACUUUUAGUUUAUAAAUCAGCGUUGUGAAUCAGGAUGUCAGUCUUUUUUUUUUCUUCCCCUCUGGAGAUGAGAUGGGCGAGCUGUCGUGCCUCAGAAACUAAGUUACAGUAACUACCGUAAUUUCUUUGAUCAAACGAGCUUCAGUUGAACCGCGUACGGAGGUUCUCAUGUACUUUUGUUAAUGGUCUUGAAUGAAACAAUUGAAUUAAAGUUUUAUGAAAAUCAA